AUGUCACGGCAGCUCAAAGUGGCGGUGAUCGGAGCGGGACCGGCGGGGCUAAUCUCGGCACGGGAGCUUCAAAGGGAAGGUCACCAAGUUGUGGUGUUUGAAAAAUCAGACCGGAUUGGGGGAACAUGGGUUUACACUCCCGAGGUGGAAACCGAUCCGUUGGGUCUCGAUCCCGAUCGAGAGAUCGUCCACAGCAGCAUAUAUUAUUCCCUCCGAACCAACCUCCCCCGGCACGCGAUGGGAUUUUCCGACUACCCUUUUACUAUCAGACACGAAACCGGCGAGCUCAGGGAUUUUCCGGGCCACCAAGAGGUCUUGGAAUUUUUGAAUCAAUUUGUUCGAGAUUUCGGUCUGAUGGAGCUAAUCCGGCUUAAUCACGAAGUUGUCAGAGUUGAGAAGGAGGAUGAUCUCUGGGUUGUGGAGUCUAGAUUGAGUGAUAAGAGCUGCUCGGAAGAGUUGUUUGAAGCUGUGGUGGUCUGUAAUGGUCAUUACACGCAGCCGAGAUUAGCGGAGGACAUUCCAGGUGUAGAAUUUUGGCCCGGGAAACAAAUUCAUAGCCACAAUUAUCGAGUUCCAGAUCCGUUUCAAGACAAGGUUGUGGUACUUAUUGGUGCUGGGCCUAGUGCACAUGAUAUAUGCCACGAUAUUGCCCAGGUUGCCAAAGAGGUUCAUUUAUCUUCAAGGUCCCCUGAAGUUAAAGUGUCGAAGCUCGACUUCUUUAACAAUGUGUGGCAACACCAAGAAAUAGCAUACUGUCAUGAAAACGGUGAGGUAGCUUUCAAAGAUGGUGCUUCUGUUGCUGCAGAUAUAAUUCUCCAUUGUACCGGGUACAAGUAUCAGUUUCCUUUUCUGAAAACCAAAGGGAUUGUGACCAUUGAUGACAACCGUGUUGGACCUUUAUACAAGCACGUCUUUCCUCCACAAAAUGCUCCUGGGCUUUCUUUUGUUGGAUUACCUCAUCGGGUCGUGGUAUUCUUAAUGUUGGAAUUGCAAGCGAAGUGGGUUGCUUUUGCAUUAUCUGGGAAGGCAAUACUGCCAUCAAAAGAGGAAAUGUUGGCUGAUGUUGAAGAACAUUAUCGGUUGAUGGAACAGGAUGGAGUCCCCAAGUGUUAUACACAAAGGCUUCCAGUUGAUGCGGUAAAGUUCUAAAUUAUGUAAAAUGGCUAUAUGAAUCCAUUCUUAAUCAAAUGCACUGCGUAAUGCAAAAUUUAACACCACAAUAAAAAGGGGGGGAAAAAAAUGGUGGAAGAAGAAGAAAAGAUUUCAUGGUCAUUUUAUAUGUCAUAGGGUUACUAGUACUGUAAGAAGCAUAUUGAUUUCGGUGGAAUUGUGUUUUCAGUUUGUGUACUUGGACUGGUUGGCUGCUCAAACGGGAUAUACUGUGAAUGAGCAGACGAAAGUGGUGUAUUACGCGCUAAUCAAAUAUGUCAGCGGACUCUUAUGGUUUGGAUCAUUUAAGGACGUUGAUAUGGAGAGUUUGCUGAAGUGAACACAUAUACAUCAAUGGGUAGUAUCAUUUUGAUUUCAGGGUACUAUCAGCAAGCAGAAAUGAUAAACAUCCACCAAGAACUAGUGACCAAGAUGAUGUGCUAUCUGAAUCUUUACCAUUGCUUGUUGUUGAAAGCUUGAAUCUUUUUUGAUCUGGGGCCUGAUUCUCAAUGCCAGAUAGCCCUAAUGGCCUAAUGUUUACAAGACUCUAACGGGAUUCCCCCAGUGAUUGAUUCUUAAACUGUGGAUCAAAAUAGAUCCUGUUGAAAUGAAAUUGCACUUUACAUU